AUGGAAGUAUUUAAUACGCAUGUUGGUGGUGUAGCUAGUGCUCAUAAUGAUGCAAGAACACAAUUUGAGGCUUUUCAAAAUCAACGACAAAGUGUGUCACAUUUGCUACAAGCACAAGGGCAUGGAAUGGAGGUUGCAUAUCACACUCGAUUAACGGCAACUUUAGAUGUUACACGCUUUCUUUUGAAACAAGGUUUGUCUUUCCGUGGACAUGAUGAGUCAUUGAAUUCCUCAAAUAAAGGUAACUUUCUUGAAUUGAUUGAGUGGUAUACCCAAAGAAAUGAUGAGGUUGCCAAGACCAUGAAUGAAAAUGCCCCUGGAAACAAUCAAAUGAAGUCUCCAACAGUUCAAAAGGAUUUAACACGGGCUUGUGCUGCUGAAGUCACAAAUGUCAUUCUUAAUGAUAUAAAAGACAAUAUAUUUUCUCUUAUGAAUGAUAUUGAUGAAUUGUUUGCAAAACAUAAGUUGUCAUUAUCAAGAUUGAGAGGUCAAGGAUAUGAUGGAGCUUCAAAUAUGCGAGGUGAGUAUAAUGGAUUGAAGGCUCUUAUAUUGAAGGAAAAUUCAUCUGCAAGGUAUGUCCAUUGUUUUGCUCACCAACUUCAACUAGUUGUUGUUGCAGUUGCUAAAAGCAAUCAAAUUGUGAGUGAUUUCUUCCAAUAUGUUACUAUGAUUGUGAAUAUUACUGGUGCUUCAUGCAAAAGAAAAGAUAAGUUUAGACAACUUGAACAUGAUAGACUUGUAGAAUGUUUGGAGAAAGGAGAUAUUGUUAGUGUGCUUGAAAAUGUGCAUGAUGAUGGUACUAAUGAUAAUAAUAGUGGUAUCGCCACCAGUUUGAUUGAUAAGAUGGAGAGUUAUGAAUUUGUGUUUGUGAUGCAUUUGAUGAAAUCUUUAUUGGAAAUCACAAAUAAAUUGUCACUUGCCUUACAACAAAAGGAUCAAAACAUUGUACUGGCUGUCAGUUUGAUCAAGACAAUGAAAGUUCGAUUACAAAAAUUGAGAGACGAAGGAUGGGAGAAUUUUUUGGACGUCGUCAACAAAUUUUGUAGUAACCAUAUGAUCCCAGUACCGAAUAUGGAAGAAAACAUGAGAACUCGUGGUUGCAGCAGACGUAAUGGACAAAUGAUUACUAAUUUUCAUCACUAUCGUGUUGAAAUUUUUUGUCAGGUUCUUGAUAUGAUGGUUCAAGAGAUGAGUAAUCGGUUUUCAGAAUCAAGUACGGAGGUACUUACUUGCAUUGCUUGCUUAGAUCCAAAGGACUCUUUUUCUCAAUUUGAUAUUGGUAAACUACUUCACCUUGCUGAACUUUAUCUAGAGGACUUUUCAUUGACUGAUCGUGUAAUACUUGAGGACCAACUUGAGACUUACAUUCAAAAUGUACGAGUUACAACUGCUUCUGUUGAAAGAGUUUUUUCUGCGAUGAAAAUUAUCAAGAUUGAUUUGCGUAAUAGGAUGUGA